UUCUUUCCCACAAUAAAUGGUCCUCCUUCAUUUCCAUUGACUUGCUCUCUCUUUAUAUACUUCUUGUCCCCCUUUUAUUCACUGCUGCAAAAUACAAUAAUUAUGCUCUUAAUUUUUUCUUGUUCAUCAUCAUCCACCUAUAUUUUCCUUCGUCCUCCCACUUUUAUUUUAUUUUCAAUACUGUCAUUUAAAAUUCAGUAUGGAUUCAUCGUAUUUUCCUAUGAGUAAAUCGCCAAGGAAAGAACUUCAAGGCCCUCGUCCAGCUCCUUUGAAGCUCCGUAAAGAAUCGUACAAGAUCAAGAAACCACCGUUGGCACCGCAACCAGUGCAACAACAACCGACGCAAAUAAGGCCUCCAGUAAUCAUCUACGCCGUGUCGCCAAAGGUGAUCCAUACAAACCCUAGCGACUUUAUGAACCUAGUCCAACGCCUUACAGGCUCAACAUCAUCAUCAUCAUCUUCAUCGUCUUCGAGAUCUUCAUCGCUUCCACCAUCAACAACCAAUCAUCCAAUAUUCAAUGAUACCAGUGAUGCAAUCUCACCAGCGGCAAGAUUUGCUACUAUAGAGAAGACAAAGUCACCAGAAGGGAAAAAGCAACCAAUAUUUAGUGAAGAAAACUUUGGGUUUGUAGAAGGCAUAGAGAUGAAUCCAGGGGUUGAAAGGACAAGUUUCUUUCCAGGGAUUUUGUCUCCAGGGCCGACCUCACUACCUCCAAUAUCACCAAACUUUUUCUCACCACCAUCUGAUCCAAACUCAAUCAGUUUCUUCCAUGAUCUGAGUCCUGUUCUUCAUGGAAACAAGAAUUUCUUAGAAGGUAGUUUCAUGCCUAGUCCUUCGAGCUUUAAUAUUUCACCUUAUCUAAUAACAUCUCCUAUUACUCCAUCAAUAGACCUUUUCAACAAUUUCUUUGACCUUUAAUUUCUUUUUUAUCAUUUGAUUUAUGGGGUUUCGGAAACGAAAGAAGAUGUUUGUCAGAGUUGUGGAUCGCAUUUUUCCACAACUUGAACUGAUGCUGAAGGUGGAGCACUAAAGUGAAAUGUUACUAUUUAUUUUGGUUAGUUAGGUAGUUGUAAUCUUCUUAAUGGCCUUCUCUUUUCAUUCUUCUACCAAUUUUAAUUUGGUGGGCCAUCUGAUAGGGCAGUUGUGGCUCAAAAGUCCUGUGAUACCCAUCUUUUUUUUUUCUUUUCUGAUACAAUUUUUUUUUCUCAUAUGUAGCAGCAAUGUUAAUAUAAUUUGAAAGCAUUAACAUAACAUUUCUUUUCUUGCAGUUUUAUAUUUAUCCUUUUGCAUCAUUAUUUUUUCUUGAUUUCUUGCAAAUCUUGUGUUUCUAGCU